AUGUCCUACUUCCGAAUCACCCUCCACCGAUCCGCCAUCGGUCUCCCCGAGCGGACACGCGGCGUCCUUGCGGCCCUGGGCUUGCGCCGCCGCAUGCAGACCGUCUUCCACCCUGUGCACCCCCAAUUCGCCGGUAUGAUCCUCAAGGUCAAGGAGCUGGUGCGCGUCCAGGAGGUGGACCGCCCGAUGAGCAAGCAGGAGCUCAAGGCGACGCGGACGCCGGAUAAGGGGUUCUACAUCGAGAAGGCUGUGCCGCGGAUGUGA